CUACAGUAUCUCGUAACGUCACAGUUCUAAUUCAUGUUCCCAACAAAAGAUAGAAAGGUGAAGUCUGUAUUCUAUUUAUGUCACUUGUUUCGUACAAACGACGUUUAUGGUAUGUCAUUGAAAGGUAACAAUUUCUGCGUCCCCUUUCGUAACUUCACCUGUAUCCCGAGACGUAUAAAAAAGCGUCCUUGGCUCCAUUGUUGAUUUUUGCGCGCCAAGUGAGUGCCGAAAUCGUCGCACGCGGCGAUGCGCGGGAAACGAACGAAGCGUCAGUCGGCCGCAGUUGUUAGUUGCGCGCGCACGCCACGCCGCGCCGUACCUUAUAGGUUAGAAUUGGCGGGGUUUCGCCGCCAGGUGCUAUUGCCGCCCCCGCUCUAACGCAGCGCCGCUUCUCUCUCCCUCCGUACCUGCACAACAGCUGUUUUCUCUCGGGAGAUUAGUCAGAUGUUUCUCGCGAACCAGUCGUCGCUCACCUGACCUAUUACACGGAUACCAUGGCAGCCGGAGGUCGCACACCGAAGCAGAGGAGGAUCGAGAUGUCUUCGGGGAUGGGUCUGCGCGAUGUGAACUCCUCGAGGAGAAGGCGCGGGAGCUGCAAAUGUCUGUUCGGAGCGCCGGACAGGGACGAGACGCGGCGCCUCAUGGCGGAGCAGUAUGCGCGGGAACGAAAGCGUUUCAUUAGAAGAUUCAAUUUCGAUGUCGAGACUGAGUGCGCGUACAAGGCUGCCAAAUUAGAUUCGCCUGUGAAGUUUAUAGAUGAGGAUAAAGAGAGUCCGAGAACGGGUGCGGAGGCGCUGUCCUGCGUGGGAAACACGGAGCUGAGGAUGUUGGGGUCGCCGUCGAGGCGUAGCGGCGGCAGUGCUGGUAGCUCGCCGCGCUCGCCCCGCACGCCGCGCACCCCGCGUGCCCCACGCACGCCCCGCACGCCGCGCACCCCACGCACGCCCGCCUCCAGGAGGCAGCUGCAGAUGACAGAUUACUGGACAUUACGAAAACACACCGAGUCUGGAUCUAGUGAUAAAGAAAACUAGGAAUAGAAUAUAUUAUUAGAAUUAAUUGUCAAUCAAAAAUGGCAGGCUUCUAAAUUAUUAAAGAGAACCAAUUUUAUUAUUUAAUUAUUUACGUAUUUAGUUAAUCAUAUGUGUGUACGCUUAAUUAAUAUAAUAAUAUGAAUACAAUUAAUCAAAUUAAUAAUAUUAAUAGAAAAAAUGGCGAGUAAGUUUGACGUGGGACUUGCAAAAUAUCUGUACUAAAUUAUCUCUUAUUUUUCAAAAAGAAAAAGAUGGGAAAUGUACAAGAUUCAACAGUGAAAGCCAACAUUAAUCUUAAAUGAAUUUACUCGAAUCAAUAAAGGACAAAAUAAUAAUAAAAAUCUUAGCUUUACAAAGCGCGGGAAAAUAUAAAAAUAAUUUACGAAGAACAAUUCAUCAUAUAAUUAUGCUUUUAUUUGUCUAUUUGAAGGAAUAAAUUUAUGUUUUUAAUCUAUCCAAAGUUUAUAGUUGACCACCUAAUCAAUCCCACCGAAUAAUCCAAAAACGUCUAUAAGUUCGCAUAAAAACAAAUGUAUAUUAUUUUUAAAAUAAAUUAA